UCUCUUCAGUCCCCCUCCCCCAACACAAAUAUGAACAACACAUGACCACGUUCUAAAAUCUUCUGUAUUUUCAGCAAGACUGGGGGUGAUUUGUUUUUAGAAUUCUCUACAACUCCCUGCAGAAUUCAAACAAUGAAAUAUCUGCAUCUAUUCUUCUGCAUCACAUCUCUUACAGCAACUGGUUCCUCGCUCUUAUGUAUGCAGUGUUCAGCUGUUGAUGAAAGCUCGUGCAUAGGUCAAGAGAGGAAGUGCCCUUCACAUGAUUAUGUGUGUGCUGCUACAAACACACUCUCUAUAAUGGAGGGAAAAACCUUUAAAAAUUUUACCAGAACAUGUGAGAGACGCAGCUCCUGUGGGAUCACCGGAAGCAUUGGUUUUCAAAAGGGCAAGAUUAAAACCGCAACUUCCUGCUGUGAUGCUGACUCGUGCACUCCUUCAAUGCCUUUGUUGCCAAGCGACAAUGGGAGGAAAACCGGGUUAACUUGUCGAAGCUGUACCUCUAGGGACUCAACAUGGUGCUACACUGAACAAACUAUAGAAUGUACUGGGGAAGAGGAUAGGUGCAUUCUUCAAUAUGCAACAAUCACAGGUUCUAGAUACAGUAAAACUGCUGUCCGUGGAUGUGCAACAAAAUCACUUUGUGAUGUCGGCAACCAGUAUCACAAUUUUGGAGAUCUAAAGAUUACAAGAGACGUUACCUGUACCAGUGGCAGCAGCACAUUUCACCACAACCUGAUACUUUUUACACUCACCACUUUAUUUUCAAGACUUUUAAUAUUAUAAAUCUCAUUUUAAAUGAUAUAAACUACUGUUUCUAAUUGAAUAUCAUAACUAAUACAUUAAGAGAGUUGCACAUAAUGUAUUUAAAGGGACAUUAAACCCAAAUUUUUUCUUUCAUGAUUUAGAUAGAGAAUGCAAUUUUAAACAACUUUCUAAGUUACUUCAAUUAUCUAAUUUGCUUCAUUUUCUUGAUAUUCUUUCCUGAAAAGCAUAUCUAGAUAGGCUCAGUAGCUUCUGAUUGGUAGCUGCACAUAGAUGCCUCAUGUGAUUGGCUCACCAAUGUGCAUUGCUAUUUCUUUAACAAAGAAUAUCUAAAGAUUGCAGCAAAUUAGAUAAUAGAAGUAAAUUGGAAUGUUGUUUAAAAUUGCAUUCUCUAUCUGAAUCGUGAAAGAAAAUUUUUGGGUUUAAUGGCCCUUUAAGUCAUUGGGCACUGAUGUGAAUGCAUUUCCUUACCAUCAUGCAUUGCAUAAGCCAAAGCUUUUUUUCUGUUGUGUGGUUGAGUUUAUACGAAUCUGUAUAUAUCAUUGCAGGUGAAGUAAAAAAUAAUAUAUCAUUGAAGGUGAAGAGUAAAGUAAUAUAUCAUUUUAGGUAAGGAAUACAAUAAAUCUAUUUCAAUUAAGACAGAACUAAUUAGUGGGAUUUGUCACUAUUUUCUCAUUUUAUGCAUAUUUUUUUUAUAUUUUUGUUCUACACAUGUCAUCCAAACAGCAAGGUCUAUUCCAAUCCUAUAAAAAGUUUCUUGUGGAGUGUAGUGCAUGAGGUUUUGUAUUCCAAUCGGAAAAAAAUACACUUACAGCUAAAUUGUGCAUGUUUUUUAUUAUUAUUUAUAUUUCAUUGGAUUAAACUGUUUAAAAAUCUGUGGUGGACUUUUUGAAACUCUAAACCUUGGCUGUUCACAUGUGUGUUAAGAAUGUCUGAGCGUUUAGCUCAAAUUAUUAAACAGGUUUAAUAAAAAGUAUAUUAAAUUAUUGCAUUCUUUUAAAAACUGAAUCUUGUACACAAUUGUUAUUAAAAAGAAUGAAAAUGAAACUACAUUUAAUCAAAAUAAUUUGACAUUUUUAGCUGCACAUAUCAUGAUUUAUUAUUAAUGGCCCAGUGAAAAAUGUUGCAUUUAAAUAGAUUAGGAAGUUAUCAUCAUCUCUAUUAAAUGCUUUAGACAGCAUUUUUUUUUUGCCUUGACCUCUUUAGUAUUUCUUCUGUAAAUAUCUCAGUAAACCUUCCCAAAAUCCUAGGGGGCAGAUUUAUCAUGUGUCGGCCUGACAUCGAUAAAUGCAGACAGUAUAUGCUGUUGGCAUUUAUCAUUGCACAAGCAUUUUGUGUGAAAUGAUUGUGCAAUACCGCCCUCUGCACAUUUGUGGCCAAUUGGCCACUAGCAGGGGGUGUGAAUCAUCCUGAUCGUAUCUAAUUGGGAUGAUUGCUGUCUGCCACCUCAGAGGUGGCGGAGGAGUUAAGGAGUAGAGGUCUUAAGACCGCUGCUUCUUAACUUAUGUUUCAGGGGAACCUGAAACUACGGGGGUAGAUUGCUACAUCCACUGCUUGAUAAAUCUACCCCUAGGUGUUAUGGCCAGACCACUGCAGACAUUUUUAUCUAUGAUGAAAAAAAACCUUUUAAUGUCCCUUACACUGAUAUCCCUUUAUCUGCUGCUACCGCACAGACACUUUAAAUAGGGAUCCUCAGUAUAGCCCAAACUAAUUGUUUUGUAAAGAAAUGUUUAAAUAAAAUACGUUUUGAGUUAAUUUCAAAUUACCAACCUAAUACUAUUCAGCAAGGGCAGGAGAGUAAUAAUGUCCUCUCUGUGGUGGGCAAUAAAUUAGUUUGCAAUAUAUGGUUGAUUUUACAAGACUUUGUCAUUGAUUUUUGGUAAUUAGAAGGCACGCUAAUUUCAGCUGCGCACCACACGUCUAUUUUUUCCCAGCAGUGAAAGAGUUGAUUGGGUAGCUUGUUAGGUUAAUUUUAGCUGUAGUGAAGAAAUUUCUGUAGUGUAGUGGUCCCCCCACCUCCCCCCUCCUGGCAAUUGUAGCAUAGGGAACCGCCACCCCCCAUGCCACCCCUUUUCUGAAUUAUAGCGCCCCAUCCUUCUCUCCCUUCAAAACAUUUUCUGCAGUCUAGUGCCCCUCCCACCAAUCAUGCUCCAUUACCAUUUGAAGACAGAUGCAUGCAGCUAAGCAACAGCAGCUGUCAGUUUUCAAUUAACAGCCGAGACUGCUGGAGCUUCCUGAAUCUGCAACGUAGAUCUAUGUUAUGUUGUACGAUGGGCUUCAUACCACAUGACGUAGAUCUGUCAUAUUGUGCUAAGAGGUUAAAGGGAUAGAAAGGUCAAAACUGAAAUGUGAAUGGGUGCAUUUCAAUUUGAAAUAGAAGCAUUUUAAGAAUAUACUUCCAAUAGCAAAAAAUGUUUCUAGUAAAAAUGAUUUUUCAGCUGCAUGUACAUAUGCUGUGAGGGCUAGUGCACCAGUAUUAACCCUUUCAGUGCUAAUGAUGGCUCUGAGUCGUCACAGAGUUUCUCACUCUGGUGCUAAUGACGGCUCAGAGCCGUCAUGAGCACUCUCCCACCUUGAGGGAGAUCUGGGGGCUCCUUACUGCUCCUACCCCGGCGAUCGUGCCUGUAGAGUGACAGGCAUCGCCGGGGCUUCACGUGAUGCAUGGUGACGUCACGCGCAAUUACGUGAUGACGUCACCGCACAACUUUAUUUAUACUUAACAAUGUUAAGUAUAGGAGGAGGGGGCAUGCUGCUUAGAAGCCUGUAUCUCAGGCAUCUAAGCAGCUACAGACCCCCAAGACCCACUGUUGGAAAGGUAAUCGCCUAACCUUUCCAACAGUAUAAGUAUUGGGAGUCUUUAAAAAAAAUAAAAAGUUAACAAAAAAUGUUUUCAAAAAGAAAAAAAAGAAAAGAAAAUAUUAGCACCCAGGUGGGAAAUGUCUUAGCAGCCAAAGGGUUAAAACCCCCAUGCCUGCCCAGAGAGUCAGCAGUAUCGCAGAUGUAAUGCACACCCCUGCAAACUCUCUGAGCAGGCAUGGUGCUUGAAUACAGGUCCACAGCCCUAAAAAAAGCAAUAACUUUUAUGGGAACAUUUUUGCUAAUGGAAAUAUAUUGUAUAAAUGCUUCCAUUUAAAAUUAAAAUGCAUCCAUGCAGAUGUCAAUGUUGAUCGUUCUACCACUUUAACUAAUGUGAAUGCUAUUUAAAUUGUGGACAGGCUUAAAAAACAAUGCCACAAAAUACCCAAUCGGCACACAAUGUUUUCAGGUGAACUUUCCAUUGGAUUGUAAUUGGGCAAUGUAUGGUUUCACAAAUAGGAAACUCUUCCAUAAUAAGAUUUUAUCCUUUUUUAAAGACAUUUGUUUUUCUUUAUUAAAUGCUUAUACUUUGUUAUCAAGGUACAUUUUAAAUUAUUUAAAAACUUUAUUUGUACACAUUGUAGUUAUGGUUAGCACUGUGAUAUUAAGUUCCUCUGCACAAAAUGAAGAUUGUUUCUUACACUUUCAGCACUGAUAUAGUUUUACCAUAUACUUUAUCUCACUCACAUCUACAGUAUGUGCCUAUUAACUAUAAGCAUGAAAUGAAAUCAUUAUUAUAUAACUAUUUAUUUUAGUCUUCCAGUGCCAUUAAUGUUGUGCUGAAUGCUAUGCAUUGAUAACUGCUAUCACCAGAGCUAAUAUAUGUUAUCAGUUGUUGUUUUCCUGUUAAUGGUAAAUAUAUGCAAAGUAUCCUUUCAAUAAACUACUAUAAAAAAUUCUCAUUA